UCCUUCUCAACAGGCACGCUCUUCACUUUCCUCAUUCCGACAUUCAUCGGCAUUCUUGAAUCUUCCUUCGAUCUGAAAUCACUUCAGGGCCUGGACGAACUUUAUUAUUAUUAUGGCCAUAUUGUACACACCCGUUUCCCAGCGCUCCUCGAGCCCAGACCAUUCUCGAAGCAUCGGGGAUCUGGAGAGCCACGGAGACCGGGACCAUGCCAAAAAACCGCUCCAGCUGACGUUGCCCCAGCGACAACUUGUCGGCGUGCUCGUCUUUGUCUGGCUGCUGUGUCUCUGGGUUUGGCUGAAAGUCCUGGAAGCGAAUGCCGCCCAACGUAGCCCAUUGCUCUUGUCAACGAACGUACUUUUGAACACUACCGACCUCUACCACACAUUAACUCUCCCACUAUUGCGCCUCACCAACCGUACGAAGCUGAUCAGCACUCGAUGUGGAUCCACCACGCUGGCUCCACAUCUGCUCACAUUCCUCAGCAAUGAUCUGUACGACCUGUCACAACAAACACCACCGCCACCACCAGCCGACGGAGAAUCACCCAUCAUAACCCAGGCCCACAGAAGGCCAUCACGGUACCUGAUUGCGGUCGUCCUACAAGAUUCAGAGACGGUCCUGCCAGACCUAUUAAGCCGGAUCCUGGAGGUCAUUGCGGUGCUGGGUCCAAAUAACUGCCAUUUAUCGAUUGUGGACCGCGCCUCGACAGAUAAAACCAGGGAAACCUUGCGAUUCCUGAGCCGCUUUUUGGACGAUUAUAAUGAAGAGAAUACACAAUCUUUGGAUGGGUAUACACUGGGGCGCAGUAAGGAAAGAGAGACUAUCAAACAGACAGGAGACAAAUUAGCAGGUGCGGAAAGUAGGCGAAGGCAUUUAUCUUAUACGAUCACGACCCUAGUACCAAGGGAUAAUUCCUUGAAGCAGACGACGGGAACCAGGAAUAUGGCGCUGCGCGCACUGUUGGAUAGGGGUUCGGAAGAGUUGUUCGAUGAAGAGGUUGUUCGAAACAAGGCAGUGGCAGAGGAGCAAACUGAGCAUGGUGAGGUGAAGGAAUCCUUUGACGAGGUGAUCCUGUUGGAUCCGGUGGUGACAUGUGCGGAGGAUAUUCUAGAGUUGAUUUUUCAGAGUCGGCUUCAGAACGCAGAUUUGACAUGCGGAAUGGAUAUUGGGCACACGGUGCGCCUUCAAGAGUCGGAUUCCGUAGAAACAGAAAAGACGUUGGAGCAAGGAGGUAAGACUGCGGUAUGACAAGGUCGGCUUAUAUUUCAAGCAUCAUUAAUUCUGCUAACAUUUUAUUCAUAUCAUUGUCACUCUACACGCUUGUGCUAGUCUACGACAGCUCGCUCACUAGGGACAUAUUCGGUCAAAAGCUGCAGCAAGACCCCACGGACCUAUCCAUCUUCUCCACCGACACCGAGACUCAAACUCGUUUUCUGAAACGUCUCCCCUUCCAAGUCGAGUCCUGCU